AUGGACUUGUUCCGGAUCAGACUGAACUGUAUCGACCACUAUCAAGCGACGGCAACACAAUACGACCCUCAGCUUCGUAACGAUAUACGCCCUUCCCAGAUUUCCAAAGGCCCGAAGGUCCCUAUAGUUCGUAUUUUUGGAGCUACCGAAACAGGCCAGAAAGUAUGCGCUCAUAUCCAUGGCGCGUUCCCGUACUUGUACGUGGAAUACGAAGGAGGUUUAUCUCCAGAUGAAGUCGGUGCUUAUAUCUAUCGUUUUCAUCUAUCCAUCGAUCAUGCGUUAGCUGUGAGCUACCGCAGAGAUCAAAAGAACGAUAAUGCGAGGUUCGUGGCGAGGAUUACCCUUGUCAAGGGCAUUCCCUUCUUCGGGUUUCAUGUCGGUUAUCGGUUCUUCUUAAAGAUCUACAUGUUCAACCCUGUCGUCAUGACUCGUUUGGCAGAUCUCCUUCAACAGGGUGUCAUAAUGAAGCACAAGUUUCAGCCAUACGAAGCACAUCUCCAAUUCCUUCUUCAAUUCAUGACAGACUUUAAUCUGUAUGGUUGCGACUAUCUAGAGUCAUCCAGUACGGGGUUCCGGUCCCCAGUUCCUGAAUAUGGCGAAGAAACAAAUUCCUCGCAUCUUUGGCACAGCGAAUCAAUCCCCCAGGAGGACGUUACCGACGAAACUACACUCCCUCGAAGCAGUCACUGUUCACUUGAGGUUGAUAUAUGUGUCCAGGAUAUACUCAACAGGCACCGAGUCAAAGAAAGACCACUUCAUCAUGACUUUACUGAGCGGACCAACCCCCUUCCCUCGGAUAUGAAGCUCGUUUACAGCAUGGCCGGCCUGUGGAAAGAUGAGACUAAAAGGCGCAAACAAAAAAUGCAAGACCCUAGUGAAGGCAGCAGCCCGUUUCCGCCAGAAGUUCUUGUAUCGAUGUCGGCAAACCCACGCGACUCACAGCCACAAGGUUGGAUUCAUGAGGAGGAGCAUCGAAUUGAGAUUCAGAAUCUCAUCUCAGAGGAAAAGGUUUCCAUUGACGGAGAUGAGCUUACUUUCGAGACCUUUGCGAAGCACCGCCCCUAUGAAGAGAAUAUCAGCACUGCGUUGGAGUCGGUUGAGGACCUUUUCCCGUCCAAACUCGCACUCGCUUUAGGACUACCCUCAGAUUUGCAACCCAACCAGGAUCCGGAAAGUAGCAUCCUUGUUGAUGAGGGCCAAGUGCGCCAAGUCAGAGAGGCCAACGACAACUUCUUGCCUGAUGAUUCAGACGAAGAAGCCAUCACGGCAUUGGUGGCAAUGGAAAAAGCUGCCGCCAAGGGGUUUCGAGAUCCCACAAACCAAUUGCUAGAAGAAGACCUGGAACAAGCGGCAGCGCUCGAUAUCAGCCUCGGCGAAUUAGGUCAGAGGCCGUUCUGGUCAUCAAUCAUUGGUGUCGGUCGAAGCGGCCUGGCCUCUGGCAAGUUGCCCGAUAUUCCCUUGGGCCCAGAGUUGUUUGAUUAUGCAGAGGAUGAGGGGCUAGUUGGACGUGCAUUUGACGCACCAAAAUAUACCUUGUCUAGUUCGACACAACUCAAACGGCCGAUGCCUGACGUCUCAUCAGUCCAAAUGUCUAACAAAAGGCUUCGCUUUGAUGAGCAGCCGAUGAUUGACGAGGAUGAUAUGGAUUUGGUCCCUAUUCCUUCGACAGAUCUGAAUAAACCACUCAUAUCCUCUUUCAGGGGAUCAUCCAUUCUUAAAGGCCCUUCUAGUAUCAACAAAAGCAUUGGCUCUGUCUUGAAAGGUGCUGCAGGGUCAAACCAGAAACUGAAUUUCCCCACUGUCAAAGACCAGAACGACCCCAACACGAGGCUCCGUCUCAGUCAACUGAGUCAAAAGUCUGCCUCGCAACAAACCGAUGAUGGCCAGCAUACCAAGCAUGUUUCCUUUGAUCCCAGUAGCUUUCUGCCCGCUGAGGCAGGUCCCUCCCAAAUGACUUUGUCAUCAUCAUUAAUAUUAUCUGGAGGAGAUGAAGGGGAGAACGACAGCCAACAGUCCAAGAUCCAGCGAGCUAUGCGCAAAUUCGCCAGUCCUCAAGUGCAUUUGCUUUUUUCUCUGCCCCCAUCUGCGGCUUCUGUGGUUUCCACUUUGAAGGGCCACAUGCUUCCUGAUGUAAUCUAUCAAGAUGCAUAUUAUAGUAAGGAGAAAGAUGUCCCUGGCCGAACACGCGAGUACGCCGGGAAAGAGUUCCGCUUGGAAGGCAACACUUUACCAUUUCUUCCCGAAUUCGAUCCAACAGCUACAUCGCCAGCCAGCUACGGACUGAAAUAUGAAUCUCUUGACAGGGUCACCGCUGAACUCCAGUAUGAACGACAAGGAAAGGAGUGUUCCUGGAAGAGCUGGGAGUUUGCAAGCCCCCCACCCACAUUCAAGGAGGUCGAGGAUUGGGGGCUUGAACAGGAGCGCAAAGUCAAUACGCUGGACGGAUCCGGGUUGCCGUCAACUCAUAGAAACUGCCACUCUCAAAUCGAAGGACCAACGCCAAAGAAUAGGCACGGCUUCAAGUACACGCCAGGCAAGAAAGCGACAAGUGUUAAGCACGAGGUUCAAUACAUGAGCACCAUGAGUCUAGAAGUUCAUGUGAACACGAGAGGGAAUUUCGUGCCAAACCCAGAGGAAGAUGAAGUCCAGUGUGCUUUCUGGGCAAUCAAAUCCGACGGAACUUCUACCGACAGCCAGAACUCAGCAGGGACUGUCCAGACGGGGAUUUUGCUAUUGUCUAACGAUGCCGAGUUCACACGGCGUGUUCAGCGCCAGACAUCUGCCAAUAUCAUUGAGGAAACGACUGAACUGGAUCUUAUGGUCCGGAUGGUAGAGAUAGUGAGGAAUCACGAUCCUGAUAUCCUGACAGGGUACGAAGUUCAUGGCAGUUCAUGGGGCUAUCUGAUUGAGAGAGCACGCUUGAAAUACGACUAUAAUCUUUGCGAUGAGUUUUCUCGCAUGAAAACAGAGUCGCAUGGCAGAUUCGGCAAAGAUAACGACCGAUGGGGGUUCAAUACCACAUCUACGAUUCGAGUCACAGGUCGACACAUGGUCAAUGUCUGGCGUGCAAUGCGAGGGGAGUUGAAUCUUCUUCAAUACACGAUGGAAAACGUCGCUUGGCAUCUGCUCCAUAAGCGGAUACCCCAUUACUCUUGGAAAUCAUUGACAAGUUGGUACAAAAGUGGCAAGCAUCGAGAGCUCAACAGGAUGUUGAGAUACUACCAGAACCGCGCCAAACUUGAUAUUGAGAUAUUGGACGCCAACGAAUUGAUUGCCAGAACUAGUGAGCAGGCUCGACUUCUUGGCGUAGAUUUCUUUUCAGUUUUCUCGCGAGGAUCGCAAUUCAAGGUCGAAUCGAUCAUGUUCAGGAUUGCUAAGCCAGAGAACUUUCUUCUUGUGUCGCCUUCUCGCAAACAAGUCGGUGGCCAGAACGCUCUCGAGUGUUUGCCACUCGUCAUGGAACCGCAGAGCGCCUUCUACAACAGCCCCCUCCUAGUCCUUGACUUUCAGAGUCUCUAUCCAAGUGUCAUGAUCGCCUACAAUUAUUGCUAUUCGACCUUCUUGGGUCGAGUCACUAAUUGGAGGGGCACGAGCAAGAUGGGUUUUACCGAGUAUAAACGCCAGCAAGGUCUUCUCACACUUUUGAAGGAUUACAUCAACAUCGCACCGAAUGGUAUGAUGUAUGCAAAGACGGAAAUCCGAAAGUCACUCCUUGCCAAGAUGCUAACUGAGAUCCUCGAAACCCGAGUCAUGGUCAAAAGUGGCAUGAAGCAAGAUAAAGAUGACAAGACUCUUCAACAACUUCUCAACAAUCGGCAGCUUGCCCUCAAGCUGCUCGCCAACGUUACCUAUGGCUAUACUUCAGCUUCGUUCUCUGGUCGUAUGCCUUGCUCAGAGAUUGCGGACAGCAUCGUGCAAACGGGUCGAGAGACUCUUGAAAGAGCGAUCGCCUAUAUCCACUCUGUCGAGAAAUGGGGCGCAGAGGUUGUGUAUGGCGACACUGAUAGUCUAUUCAUUUCUCUGAAAGGCCGAACAAAAGAUGAAGCAUUCGACAUUGGUAACGAGAUCUCAAAGGCAAUCACCGAGAUGAAUCCACAACCAAUCAAACUCAAGUUCGAGAAAGUCUACCAUCCCUGUGUCCUCCUCGCCAAGAAAAGAUACGUUGGCUACAAGUACGAAACCAAGGACCAGGUGAAGCCUGAGUUUGACGCCAAGGGAAUUGAGACUGUCCGCCGAGACGGCACGCCUGCGGAGCAAAUGAUCGAGGAAAAGGCUCUCCGUCUACUAUUCGAGACGGCAGAUCUGAGCCAGGUGAAGGAGUACUUCCAAAAGCAAUGCCAAAAGAUCAUGCGCAACAAUGUUUCGGUCCAGGACUUUUGCUUUGCGAAAGAAGUUCGUCUAGGCACGUACUCUGAUAAAGGCGCACCGCCCGCUGGUGCCCUCAUCAGCACCAAGCGUAUGCUCCAGGACGCUCGUGCAGAACCACAGUAUGGCGAGAGAGUUCCUUACGUUGUCAUCACUGGUGCGCCCGGAGCCCGACUUAUCGACCGGUGUGUUGCCCCCGAAGAGCUUCUCGACAAUCCACACUGGCAGCUGGACGCCGAGUACUACAUCUCCAAGAAUCUCAUACCCCCUCUCGAACGCAUCUUCAAUCUCGUUGGUGCAAAUGUGCGUCAGUGGUAUGAUGAGAUGCCAAAGGUGCAGCGAGUCCAUCAUGCAACUACACUGAGCAAUAAGAAAACGACUCUCGAGUCGUACAUGAAGUCCACGCACUGUCUUGUCUGCAACAUCAAAUUCUCACAGGAAGGCAAUCCUCUCUGCCCAGCCUGUCGCGCAAACAUUCCUGCGGCGUUACUCUCGCUUCAAACUCGAUUAACUAACGAGGAGCGUCGUUUGCAGGAGAUACUCUCCCUUUGUCGUAGCUGCUCUGGUGUUGGGCCUGUGGAGGAUGUUCAGUGCGAUAGCAAGGAUUGUCCUGUAUUUUGGACACGCAUGAAACAAAUCAGCAAGACAAGAGGGGUGCGGAGUACCAGCCAGCCUGUGAUUCAAUCUCUGAUAGAGGAUGUUGAGAAGUUAUCGCUGGAUUGGUGA